UACUAUAAAGCGAAUGAAUCAGUUACGAAAGCCAAAAUUUUACCAACCUUAAUUUGAUUUUUGAUUUAUGACUCGCAUUCCUUCUCCAAUUCCAGCAAUUUCUGCAUUGAAUUGCAUCAAACUAUCAUUCCAUCAUCCUCAGUGAUGGCAGUAAUUUGAUUUACAGGAAUGAAGGAGUAAUGGGUAGAGAAACAUACGUCGUUCUUGUAGACCUGAAUAUGGAAUUGGUUUUUAAGACGAAAACUCCAAGUUCACGCAGUUGGGUAUUGCUAGAUUGUAGUGGAAGCAGUACUAAUCUUGAUCUAGAUAAGAAUGCAAUUAUGCAUCGUGUUCAAAUUCAUGCUCGUGAUCUUCGUAUUUUAGAUCCUCUUCUCUCUUACCCUUCUACUAUUUUGGGUCGUGAUAAAGCCAUUGUUUUGAAUUUGGAGCAUAUCAAGGCAAUUAUCACUGCUGACGAGGUUCUACUUCGAGAACCUUCAGAAGAAAAUGUAAUUCCUGUUAUUCAAGAACUUGAGAGGAGAUUAUGUCCUGGAAGUGCGGCACAUAGAGUUCACAGUGAUGGGAAGGAUUCAGGAGGACAUGAUGUUGAAGCUAUUGAAGAAGAUGAAUCUCCAUUUGAAUUCCGUGCUCUUGAGGUUGUUCUGGACUCAAUCUGCAGCUUUCUUGCUGCGCGUACCCUUGAACUUGAAGGUGAUAUAUAUACCGCGUUGGAUCAACUGGCUUUAAAGAUAAGCAGCCGAAACUUGGACAGAGUCAGAAAAGUGAAGAGCGCUAUGACUAGGUUGACUGGCCGUGUUCAGAAGGUGAGAGAUGAACUUGAACAACUUUUAAAUGAUGAUGAUGAUAUGGCCGACCUUUACUUAUCCAGAAAAUUGGCUCCUGUCAGCGGAUCAGCAGCAGCCUGGUUUCCCUGUUCACCUACGGUUGGCUCUAAAAUAUCAAGAGCCAGUCGAGUUAGUGUGUUUACAGCUCGUGGAGAUGAGAAUGAUGUGGAGGAACUUGAGUUGUUGUUAGAGGCAUACUUCAUGCAAAUUGAUGGGACAUUUAAUAAAUUAACCACGCUUCGUGAAUACAUAGAUGACACUGAGGAUUACAUCAACAUUCAGCUUGAUAAUCAUCGGAACCAGUUGAUUCAGCUGGAGCUCUUCCUAAGUUCUGGAACCGUGUGUUUAUCAGUCUACUCCUUGGUGACUGCAGUUUUCGGCAUGAAUAUACCUUACACCUGGAUGGAAAAUCACAGCCACAUCUUUAAAUGGGUAGUUAUCAUUUCAGGACUAGCUUCCGCGGUAAUGUUUGUACUUAUAAUGUCAUAUGCUCGUUUAAAAGGUCUGGUUGGAUCCUGAGAUCAGUAAGUAAACAUCGUCUCCUCGGAGAAACACGGCCUAUAUUUGCUGCCUCCACCGAGAGGCUAGAAUUUACUGCUGAGAAAUAUUUUGGGUAUUCAAGCAACGCGUAUUUGCACAGAUCGAAGGUCUGAACGCAUAUUCAUGAUAUUUAACACAUUACGAUAACCGUUCACUCACAGUAAUUUUCUACAAUUUGCUAGUCUUUGUAGUCUUUAGUUUUGAUUUCCUCUUGUAAAUCCACAUAAUCUCAGCUGUUAGCCUGUUAGAUUGUGAGUUACAUUACUUAAUUUGCACAGUCAUGAAUGCUGCUUAUAUAAUCCUCAAUGGGGCCAAAUUUAUUAAGUUUAACCAUUUGCAUUUUUUUGAUGUGAAAUUGCAAAUAAUUCAAGAUUACGUUUGCCAAAUAGGAUCGGCUCGGAGAUUUUAGGUGCUCUAAGCAAAAACUAAAAUAAAAAUGUGCAUGUUUCAUUUUUAAGCCUUUAAAAUAACGGAGCCCUGAACCGUCGCUCAUACGGCUCA